CGCGGGCUGGUUGAGACCCUCGGUGUCCUAACGAAAACCGUGGGGCGUCCAGGCCGGCGGGGCUUUGUGCGAGCCGUACCUUCCCACUCGCGGCCAGCGCGCGACCUGGGCUCGGCCAGGCUCCGGAAGGGGGGGCUCCGCGCAGCCACUCCCCGAGGUCUGGGGAGCUCAGGCGCCUCGAAGCUUGUGUUCCCUGCGCUUAGCAGUUCUUGUUUCUUUUGUCCUAUUGAGCGCGGACUAGGUAGAGUCAUUUUAGAGUAACAGUUCAGCCGAUCUCUGAUGAUGGGCGCUGCUUCUGCACUGGCCUGCGGGGAUUUCAAAUUUGACAGCCCCCUCAGACCGUAGUCUAGAGAUGAUGUAUCUAGGGAAUGUUGAAGACAGGAAGGAGAUAAGCGUUUUUAUUUUAAAGUAACUCCUCACUUGUAUUCCCCCCACCCCCGCUUCAUUUAGAAGCUCAAGAUUUUUCUAAUGGCAUAAAGAUUCAUUUCGGUUGAGGGUGUAGUUUGUUACUUUUCUUAGUGUUUCUGCCCUUCUCCUGUUGAAUGGAAAAUCAACAAUUAUUAGCCAGGGUGCGGUCUACUUUGUGUUCAACUUAUAUACUUCAAUUUGUAAGCCAUAUGUAGUGGUUUUUUUUUUUUUUUUUUUUUUCUGGAAUCUCCUUGACUGUGGGACAGAUGUAACUGGAAUUAUACAUAGGGGUUAAAAGAACUCUUCCUUUUACAAGCGAUUCUGAUAUAAGGCAUAUUUGAUAUAAUUGUUGCUAAGUUGGGCCCCUUUUGUUCUUGAACUGUUGAGCCCCAUUUUCAAAGAUGAGAACAUAGGGAACUGAGAACUUGAAUCUAAGUAAGUAGUUUGAUUUUUACAGUUAAUUCCUAAAAAGUGAUAAAUUGGCCAUUUGACCAUCCGUCAUUUAAUUGAUCUAAAUGGUAUUUAUUACUUCUGUCUUUGUUUUCUUACAUGCCUAAAUAACUGCUACAAAGUAGACCCAGUGGAAAAGCAUGAUAGGUAUAACUUGGGAUUUGAUGAGUUGGAUAAACUGUAAAUUUUUUUACAUUUUAAAAUCGAAUUCAAGGUCAUUAAAUCUGUCAUAUAUUUCCUUCUCCAGGAAAAAAAAUGUUUAUUUCUUUGUGGGAGUUCUUCUAUGGGCACUUUUUUCGAUUUUGGAUGAAAUGGCUCUUACGGCAGAUGACUGGAAAGUGUGAAUUGCAGCGAAUUUUUGAUACCUAUGUAGGUGCGCAAAGGACACACAGGAUAGAAAAUUCCUUGACCUACUCCAAGAAUAAGGUUUUGCAGAAAGCAACACUUGUUGUUCAGAGUGAAGUAGACAAAUGUGUAGAAGAUAUAAUGAAGGAAAAGAAUAUUAACCCUGAGAAGGAUGCCAGUUUUAAAAUCUGCAUGAAGGCAUGCUUACUGCAGAUAUCCGGUUAUAAACAGCUCUAUUUGGAUGUAGAGAGUGUGAGGAAAAGGCCAUAUGAUUCUGAUAACCUCCAACAUGAAAAGCUGCUUCUCAAGCUUUGGAAUCUUCUAAUGCCCACGAAAAAGUUGAAGGCUAGAAUCUCCAAGCAGUGGGCCGACAUUGGUUUCCAGGGUGAUGAUCCCAAAACAGACUUCAGAGGCAUGGGCAUACUUGGAUUAAUCAAUCUCGUGUAUUUCAGUGAAAACUAUACCAGUGAAGCUCACCAGAUUCUUUCCCGUUCAAAUCAUCCAAAAUUAGGGUAUUCUUAUGCAAUAGUUGGAAUCAACCUUACUGAGAUGGCUUAUAGCUUGCUAAAGAGUGAAGCUUUGAAGUUUCAUCUCUACAACUUUGUUCCUGGUAUACCGACAAUGGAACACUUUCAUCAGUUUUAUUGUUACCUUGUCUAUGAAUUUGACAAGUUUUGGUUUGAAGAAAAGCCAGAAAGCAUUAUGUAUUUCAACAUGUAUAGAGAGAAGUUUCAUGAAAAGAUUAAAGGACUCUUACUGGAUUGUAAUGUAUCACUUACUUUAAAAAUAUGAAUCAUCCGUAGUAUCUUCUAUUUCUACCACAUUUUGCACACACAACAGAAUUUAUAUGUUGUAAUAGAAAGUAUCUGAUCAAUUACACUCCUUAUAUAUAAUUUCCUACAAAAAGAUUUCAGAAAUUCUAUUUAAGAAAGCUAGUGGACAAUCAGUGUAUGUUUACAGUUGUUUAUACACUGUUUUCCAAAGGUACCUUAUCCUUCCAAAGAUCCCUUCUGUAGAGUCCUGUGAACUACAGUUUGGAACUUGGGACUUAGCCCAUUUAGUGUAAAAGUACAAAUCAGGUAUUUGUAUUUAAUUGGUUGAUUAAAAUGUGUCAGAAUCAGUUUUCAGUUUUAUGUGUUGUACUAUCAAGUCAGUAUCGUAACCUUUCAAAGCUCUUUUAAGAUUUUUUUGUGUUUUAGUUUGGAGAUGAUUGUUCUUUUUCUUUGUCAUGUUUUCUUCCUAGGUUAAUUAACAGGAAGAGUAGUUCUUCAUGGUUUUCUUUGUUUGCAUCUCAAUCACAUGCCCUAAUGUUGCUUCAUUAGUAGCAAAAAGCAUUGAUAUGUCAGACAGGAUAAAGAAUCAUGGCCUCUUCCUUUUUGGUUUCCCUGAUUAUUUAGCAUAAUGGAUAAUGAGAGAAUGACGGUAUUGGUGACUAGCUUUUUUGUUUCUAAAUACCACACUUUAAAAUAUCACAGUGGUAUUUUAAAGCUUAAAAGCAUUUUCUCAUCUUCAGUUAUUUGCUUUUCAGUCAGUUAUAGAAAAGAAUAAUAAUGCUUGGUGUGAAGGCCUUUUAUGAGGCUUCUCUGCCUGUGAGUGUUUAUAAAAAGAUAUGUAUUGGCUAAGAAAAUCUCGACUGUAUUCAAAGGACAGUGGCUAUUUCAAUAAAACUGUCUUUGAACUUAUACAAAAGGAAAACUUAAAGCUUUUCAAAAAUACUGGUGAAACAUCAUUGGUUUAUUUUAUUUACGAUUAACUGUUGCUUCUUUUUGCUUUGCCUCCAUGGUGUUUCUGGAUAAUGGUAUAUGGACUUUAUGGGUAUUCUUUGAGUUAGUGGUCUGUGGGAUUCAAAAGUAGCCUGAGGAUGAUGACUGUGCAUUUCGUAUAGCUUUAUUCUCCUAAAAUCUCAGGAGGGCAUCAAGUGCUGUCAAGGAUUAUAUAGUGAUGAGCUUCUCAUGGGAAUGAUUUCUUCCUUGUGUGUUUUAGACAUUUGUACUCCUAGCAAAACUAAAAGAGUUUGAAGAUAGGUUUGUCUGAUCACUAAGUUCUUAAAUCCUACAGAAACCGGCCUAUUAAAGACAUAUUUUAAAUAUGAUGAGAGUUAGCCCGUCUUUAAAUGUGUAUAUCAAGUGCUUAAGGACUGACUCAUGUGGUAGCAAGACCCGAGACUUUCAGUGUUCGUUCAUGUCUCUUGACAGACCUCUUUCUGCAAACUUGUCAAAGAGAGGUAAAAAACAUCUGAGCGGAAAGUAACAGAUGCAGUGUCGUAUAGCACACACAUUGAAAGCGCAGCAUCUAAACUAUUACUUUCUCAACAGGAUAAAACACGUAAAAAUUGGGUUCACUUUAUUAUUGAUUGUGGUGGUUUAGUGUCUCCAUAUCACAGGCAUUUAAAAUUGGUUUCUUGUAGGAGACUUCUAAACCCUGGGAUUAUCUCAAUUUUUUCUUUAUGCUUUCAGUGCAUUAGUUUCUAGCUCUGCAGUUCUAGGAGAUGUAGCAAAAUCCUGGUAAGGAUCAGGUGCUAACCAUUAAAGCUCAUUUUAUAGUGUUUACUAUUACAUGGAAAGCAAUUCUGUUAGUCUUUUAAUGUUUAUGCUGAAAAUUCUUACCUUUAUAUUUUAAUCUUUCAACAGCUGAGGUCUUGAACUGAUUUAAACCUUUGUCAGUAUGCUUAAUAAAGAAUGACACAAGUAUGUAUGGAAGGGAAAACUUUUUAAAGUAAUCAAGUUUUUCGUCUUCUAUGGAGGAAAAACACUUUGUAAUGUUUUGAAAAUGUCAUUUGAAAGUUUGGUCAGUAAUAUGUUCUUUAAAUCCAUCACUGUUUGUACAAUAUAGAUACUGUCCUGCUCUUGCUUCAGAUACUCAAUAACCAUUUCAGAAGCUCUGUAGUGAAUUGGUCUAAAAGAUACCAAUAAAAAUUUUAAAGUUUGAUAGUCUGGAAGCCAAGCUAAGCGUCCCCACUUGUAAAUUAGA